UUCAGAUCACGAGUCGAAUCGCACGGGAUACUUUCAGAGCUAUUUUGGAUCCAGCCUCAAUGUUCCUUCUUGGGACUGCUAUGGCAACCGUAGUAGUUUUAGCCGCAUAUGAGGGAGCCUUAACACUCAACCCCAAUUUUCUUUUUGGCGGGGAUAUGACUGCUCUCAAGUACAUUGGCAAGUAUAGCUAUGAGAACACGGUGAGCUCAGUAGUGUGGGGGACCAAACCCGGAUACCUGAUAGCGCAGUCGAUGGGGUUAGACCCUGCGGAGGUUCUAAGGAUAUUUAGUCCUAAGAUGAUGUCAGCUGCCGAUGCCUCUAUGCAGUUGCAGAUACAAGGGGCCCAAUUCGGAAGGUCCAUAGCUGGAGGGUUUAUGGUGAUCGCUCAGUUGUUGCGUAUUGUGACUGUGUCUGUACGAGCGGCGGAUGAAUACCAUGAACGCGUAAUGCAGGGACAUGAACCGCCUCUAAAGGGUAUCACGGGACGUAUUGUCAG